UUCAAGGUAUUUUACAGAUUUAUCACAAUGGUACAUGGGGAACAAUAUGUAAUGACAACUGGGAUAUCAAUGACGCAAAAAUCGCCUGUAAACAGCUUGGUUACAAUUAUACAACAAGGGGAUCCUUGUACUUAGGACGAGGAUCUGGUCCAAUUUGGCUUUCUGAUGUAGAUUGUAACGGUGAUGAAUCAUCUUUAAAUCAGUGCCAACACCGAGGAUGGGGUCUUCAUAACUGCGGGCACAAUGAGGAUGUUGGUAUCGUGUGUAAUACAGCAGCGCCAUUGAGGUUGUUUGAAAAAAAAUCAACUCCGUCAUCAGUUCAAGGGAUUUUACAGAUUUAUCACAAUGGUAMAUGGGGAACAAUAUGUGAUGACUACUGGGACAUGACUGAMACAUACAUCGCCUGUAAACAACUUGGCUACAAGAGUUCAGUGAGCUACAAGUACUUAGGACGAGGAUCUGGUCGAAUUUGGCUUGAUAAUGUAAAUUGUAAUGGUGAUGAAUCUUCACUAGAUCAGUGCCUACACCUAGGAUGGGGUGUUCAUAACUGCGGACACAGUGAGGAUGUUGGUAUCGUGUGUAAUACAGGAGCAGCGCCAUUGAGGUUGUUUAAAAAAAAAUCAACUCCGUCAACAGUUCAAGGGAUUUUACAGAUUUAUCACGAACAUCAAUGGGGAACAAUAUGUGAUAACUCCUGGGGCAUGAAUGAAACAAACAUCGCAUGUAAACAACUUGGAUUUAAAGGUGCACAUAGCUUCAAGAGCUUAGGACAAGUCUCUGGUCSAAUUUGGCUUGAUAAUGUAAAUUGUAAUGGUGGUGAAUCAUCUCUAGAUCAGUGCAAACACCGAGGAUGGGGUGUUCAUAACUGCAGUCACAGCCAGGAUGUUGGYAUCGUGUGURAUUCCGGAAUACCACCGCCAUUGAGGUUGUUCCAAAACAAAUCUUAUUCUCCGCAAUCAGUKCAAGGUAUUUUACAGAUUUAUCACAAUGGUCAAUGGGGAACAAUAUGUGAUGACAGAUGGGACAUGACUGACACAAACAUCGCAUGUAAACAGCUUGGCUACGUGAUUGCAGCGACGUCCAAGCACUUAGGACGAGGAUCUGGUCCAAUUUGGCUUGAUGAAGUACAAUGUAAAGGCGAUGAAUCGUCCCUGGAUCAGUGCCAUCACCUGGGCUGGGGUAAACAUAAAUGCGACCACAGUGAGGAUGUUGGUGUUGUGUGCUAUACAGCGCCGCCGUUGAGGUUGCUGCAUAAAACAUCUUCUCCAUCAUCAGUGCAAGGUAUUUUACAGAUUUAUCACAAUGGUCAAUGGGGAACGAUAUGUGGUUCCUGGUGGUAUGAAAGUAACACAAACAUCUCCUGUAAACAGCUUGGCUAUGAGUGGGCAUUGAGGUCCAUGCACUUAGGACGAGGACCUGAUCCAAUUUGGCUUUCUAAUGUAUACUGUAAUGGUAAUGAAUUGUCACUAGAUCAGUGCCGACACCCAGGAUGGGGUAAACCUAGCUGCAGUCAUAAUAGGGAUGUUGGUAUCGUGUGUUAUACAGGUCCUCCAGUCAAAGUUCGACUGAUUGGUGAUGUGCCUAAUGCUGGUCGAGUACAAUUGUUGUACAAAGGUGUCUGGAGAAACCUCUGCGGCUCGAGUUGGGAUUCAUCAGCUGCUAAAGUCAUUUGCCGAAUGGCUGGUUAUCCUGAUGGUUAUCCUGUACCCUUUGGUCGCUACGAGGGAUCUGGGGACGUGUGGCUCUCCGGAAGCUAUGCGUGUACUGGCUUUGAAUCCUCUAUUGAAUCAUGUCGGAAACUUAACUGGGGAAAAGCGACUUGUUCAGAUAACAACUUAGCUGGUGUUGUUUGUAAAUCAGGAUCACCGAAUGUCGCAUAUCGACUUGCGGAUGGAUCAGUACCUCAUGCAGGAAGACUGGAAAUGCGCUACUAUGGGUUAUGGAGACCAGUUUACCUUGUUUAUGGUCGGCGAUCAGACCACGAUGUACUUUGUCGYAUGAUGGGUUACAAUCAAGCUAUUAUUGCCUUCAGAAACGUCCAAGAAAAAAGAUACAGCUACGAUCUAAGAAUGAACUGUAGGGGUUUUGAAAAUACAACAAAACAGUGUGAACGAACCUCUUUCAAUUCAAAUGUGAGUCAUGAAACUAAAGAAACUACCUGGAUAGUUUGUAAACCACAUGCAGGAUCUAGAUUUGCURUUCGUUUGAUGGAUGGCAUCUCUUUGAACGAAGGCCGCGUGGAAAUUGGAAAUUCAGGGGUCUGGGGCACAGUUAGUGUCGAGUAUGUAUAUUGGAGUAGCAGGACACGCUGGAGUUCGACAGAUGCUGACAUAGUUUGUCGUAUGUUGGGAUACCGCAAYGCAUCAUGGACAGRACRAGUUAAAGUGUCAGGGAAUUAUUUAAAGACAGUAUUUGAUCAUUGCACAAGAAACGAAAUCUCACUUGAGCACUGUCGAUAUUAUCCCGCCCGGAGAUACUAUGAUUUACGGGACAUUGGAGUUCGGUGUUCUAGUUAUCAGGAUACUAUGACAUUACAGAUACGACUAGAAAAGGGAUUCGCACCCCAUUCUGGUCGAGUUGGUGUUCGCUAUGGUAAUUCAUGGAGUACUUUAUGUUACGAGGGACUGGACUACCCUGAUGUAAAAGUAAUAUGUCGAAUGCUUGGAUAUAGGAACGUUGAUCAUGUUUACGCUGUGAGGGCACCAAGCUCUGCUAAUGGCCGUGUCUGGCUUAGUGGUGUUGAGUGUAAUGGAACUGAAGCUUCAAUACUGAAUUGCAGUCGCACAGGAUGGUGGCAGACGACGUGUCACUUUGACGCUGUGAUCACGUGCAAGACACCAGCUAAAACAGCGGUAGGUAUCCGUCUGGAAAGCGAUACCACACCACAUUCUGGUCGAGUUGGUAUUCGCUAUGGUAACACAUGGGGUACUUUAUGUAACAAAGGACUGGAUACGAACGAUGCUAAAGUCAUCUGCCGCAUGCUUGGUUAUGUUGGAGUAAGUCACGUGCUCACGAUUCCUGGAAAUGGUACUAUUUGGCUCAGUGACCUUGAAUGCAACGGAGAAGAAGAUUCAAUUGUUGACUGUAGUCAUUCAGGUUGGUGGCAGGCAAGCAAUUGUACCCAUGACCAGGACGCUGCCGUCACGUGCAAGUUAGCUGAUGCCCCUCAUUUUCAAAUCGACAUAAACAACGGCAUUACAGGUUCUACAGCAAUUAUAAACAUGGUCAAAGCAGCCGAACCAGAUCCACGACUGAAAAGCUCGUAUCAAUUUGUAGUGGAAAAGGGUCGUGAAAUUCCUUCCCCUAUCAUUUCACAGAGCAAUAAAACCAUGAAGGCAUGUUCCACCAUCACCAAGACAGUGUUCAGUGAUUCUUACAUCGCUGCAGAGAUUCCAGCCAGUUCUAGUAGUUUCACUAUUGGCGACGGCCUAUAUUACCAUGGUUACCAUAAUGUACCAUUAGAACCCGGAUGUGUAUACAGGGCUCACGUGAGGAUCCUUACCAUGUCAAUAAAUGGGAAAAAGAUUUUUGGAAAAUCCAGUUUUGCAAGGUUUGCAACAAGACCAAAAAUUGAUCCACCCACGUUUCAAAUAAGUAACAGCAGCUCUAUAAAGCAAACGUCAGCAAUGAUCACCUUUCUUGCCGUGCAGAACAAACCAAUAGCAGAUCGUUCGUAUCAAGUUGCCGUCGAAAAGGCAGCCGACAAAGAUGUUUUCCAAUCCAAAGACAUGCGAGUAAACCAUUCUUACAUCGCUGCUGAGAUACCAACUACCACUUCUACGUUCACCAUCGGUGAUGGUUUGAAUUACCAUGGUUACAAUAACACACCAUUAGAACCCGGAUGUACUUAUAAAGUUUAUGUGAGAGUCGUCGCAAAGAUAUCGAAUGAGGACAUUCUGAUACGAAUUCAGACGGCAAUGAUUCAUUGGUGA